AUGCGCCUUUUACUCCUCUCCAUUAUCCUGUUACUUAUUCUUUUGCCGCUCCUCUGCACUGUGGGACCGUGUGCCAAAACGUGCCUGUGUAAGCAGAGCCUACUGCAAAUGAUGUUAAUUGCAUGCUUUUGUUUGUUGGAUUCAUCGGUUUUAGUACUACUAUUAGGUAAUUAUAUGCAGGAAGCGUCUGGGAGUGGUGAGGCAUGUGCCCCUUCUCUUUUUGGAGAAGCAGUCAAUUAUCCUACGACCCCUGACACCAUGAAAGAUGUCCCGGCGACCAUCCCGGCUACUGCUACUGCGAUGAAGGUUCGUAGUCUUGCCGCUGGCCAAGUAGAUCGAACCGUAUCCGCCGCGUUACCGGACGGAAUGCAUGUUUCGAAGGAUGCUCGUAUCGCUUUUCAAAAGGCAGCUACUCUGUUUUUAUUGUACCUGUCAUGUCUUGCUGAGGAUGAAAGGUCUCGAGAGGGAAAGAAACGUGUAACUCUUUCGGCGCACGACAUCAAGUCUGCACUAAAGGCAGCCGGUAUGUCCCAUUUGCUUCCGUUGCUUGGCACCAGUCAUAUGAAGCGCAUACGUACUGACGAUAACUCUUUUCUUUAG